AGCUUCCUCCAAUCGUCGUCGUUCGAGGCUUGACUACUGGCAGCAGCACAAAGAUUUUUUGGCGGGGCUCUCUCGUCACUCAUCUGCUGCUGCUGAGAGCAAAAGGCCAUUUUAUUUUUUUUUAUAAUUAUUGUUAGAAAGAAAACAACAACUUAGAUACCAAAAAGAAGCAUAUAGAACCAGAUCAUGAUAGAAAUUGAGAGAAAAUGAGCUUUUUUUUUUUUUAUUGCCGGACUUCGGAUACAGGCGGAGGCGGCUUUCGUUUAGAUACAGUAGCUUUCUGCUGGUGGCUCACGCAACCUUUCUUGAGAUCAAAACCCCUAUAGCUUGAAUACAGAGAAUUUCUCUUCUAUUUGCUUUAGGUACUUGUUUUUGUCACUCAAAGUCCUUGCCUUUUCUGGUGAUUCCUGAAGCUGUUGGAGAUCUCUUUCAAGGCAAUUGGACAUGCGAAUCAACUCAAACUUGCUUCCUGUUUCAGUAUUUUUGAAGGCGAAAUCAUCUUUUCCGUAUCUCAUCUUUUAUUGCCUUUGUCUGUGGGUGAAAUUUGAAAUUUGAUAUGUCUUUGGUGGGCUGCUUGUAUCCAUGUUCCACGUUAUCUUCAUGGUGUUGGGGUUAAUCCCAAUCAGGUCAAUUAAAUGGAGAGAAACCCAAAAAAUAUGCCGAUGGAACAAUCAGAUGUAAAUAAAAAAUUUCAAUACCAUGCCAGGGAACCUGGGCGUGAGGGAUUCCAGCCUGCAUCUCAAGCAUUCACGCGAGACUCUACUGGCAGCAGAAAUACUAAUCUGAGACUUCCUAACCCAAAUGUACCAGAAAUUAAACCUGUACUUAAUUACUCCAUACAGACAGGUGAGGAGUUUGCCCUUGAAUUUAUGCGUGAUCGGGUUAACCAUAAGAAGCCUCACAUCCCAAAUACUCUUGGUGAUCCCCAUCAUGUGACAGGGUAUAUGGAACCAAAAGGCAUUGUAGGCACUAGUCAUACAGGGCCUGACAGGAUGCCAGAUACUUCACUGCUCCCUGUAGUAGAGACAGGUCCAAAAAAGGUUGAGAGGACGAGCUUGUCUUUGUAUGAAGAGAGAAACAACUAUGGGUCAGUUCAUUCGGCACCCCAAACUUCAUCAGAAUAUGAAAGUCGGGAACUUGUACAUGGUUUUACAUCUUCAAUGGCCUCAGAUAGCUCAUCUAUAAAGAUGAAGGUUCUCUGCAGCUUUGGUGGUACAAUACUGCCUCGUCCCAGUGAUGGAAAGCUCCGGUAUGUGGGAGGUGACACACACAUUAUACGCAUAUCAAGAGAUAUUUCAUGGCAGGAGCUUGAGCAGAAAACUCUGGCAAUUUAUAACCAACCUCAUGUGAUAAAAUAUCAGCUUCCGGGAGAGGAUCUUGAUGCCUUGGUUUCUGUUUCUUGUGAUGAAGAUCUGAGGAAUAUGAUGGAGGAAUGGACUGAGGUUGAAGAUAGAGAAGGAUCACAAAGACUUAGAAUGUUUCUGCUCUCCAUGAAUGAUCUGGAAGAUGCUCAGUUUGGCCCGGGCAGUUCGGAGGGUGAUUCUGUGAUUAUGUAUGUAGCUGCUGUUAAUGGCAUGGACUUUGGAUCCAGAAAAAACUCAAUUGGACAAGGUUUGGCAAGCUGUUCGGGAAAUAAUUUGAGUGAAUUUGAUGGAUUAAAUGUUGACAGGGAGAAAGGUAGGCCACUUACUGUCUCUGUUGGGGUCAGUAGUUCACCUUUAACCAGCCCUUUUCAAUCUGCUCAGCCAAUUCUACAGAAUUCCUCCAAUGCAUAUGAAAUCCAUCCACAGUUUUAUCAUGACCAGAUGAUGGGCCUGAGAGAAAGUCAGCAAUUCCAACCAAACUAUCGCCACAAUUCUUCUAAUUGUACCCCCUCUGAAGAGAUCCCUUAUUCAAUAUCCAUUCCUGGGCUCAUGAAUCAACAAGGAGGUUUGAAUGAGGGACAGUCACGUGGUAGCUUUCAGGCGCAGAAUUCACAAUCAUCAGUAAAGGAUGUGAAGCUGAAACGUGAUAUUUCAGUUCAGCAUGGUAUUGAUCUUGAGAAAACUCGCUCUGUAGAAAAAGUUUAUGCUACCUCAGUUGAUGAAACAGUUGCAGUUGCUGCACAAGGAGAUUUUCAUUCUCUGCCCUUAAAAAAUGACGUAAAACACCAACAAGCUGAGAAUGUCUCUCCUUCUGUUGAUGCCAUUCAUCAGGUGCAGGUUCCUAAACCUUGUGAAGAUGAUCAGUGUUCCAUAUCAUCAGGUCUGGGCUGUGCUGAUUCUGGUUCUAAUUUGAUAGACUUGAGCUACCUUGAAUCAUCUGCACCCCCUCAGAGAGUUUAUUAUUCAGAGAGAAUACCCCGGGAACAGGCAGAUCUAAUGAAUAGAUUAUCAAAAUCUGAAGAUUCACAUGGCUCUCAGUUUCUUCUUUCUCAUUCUCAUUCUGAUAUUACCGAACAGACGUCCAUUACAGAAUCUUCAGAAAAGUUGAUUCAAAGUGACCUGGCUUCCGAUGCUGAACACACCAUCCCAGCUGCAAAACCGUUGCAUAUAGAUUCUCAACCCAUUAACGAUGGACUUGCACGACUCCAGAAGUAUGAAGAGUUUGCAGAUGCAGCUUCUCAGAUGAAUAAUAGUCUUUCCAAUUCUCAAGAUGUUUUGCAGAGUGAGUUCCAGCUUGCAGUUCAAAAUGAUGUAGAUGAUAAAGAUUCUGCAAAUAUGGAUACUGUGCUUAAGGCUGACUGUGAUUAUACUGCAGGUGACCAUGAGAAACUCCCAAUUGAGGAGAAAGGAGAAACUAGACCUGGAAAUUCUACUGCAUUCCAAGUAACUUCUCAAAUGCUCAAUAAGGAUUCCGUGCCUGAUCUCCCUGGGCUAAAAAUGAAUGAGAUAACACGCAGGGAUUUUGUUAGUAACAAUGCUCUUGGACAUUCUCAACCUUUUUCUAGGACAGAGAGCUCAACUAAUGAUGUUUCUCAAGGAAUAUCCCCUGUUGGUAUUUCAGCGACGAAGCAGGCAGACAUCAGUAUAGAUAUUAAUGACAGAUUUCCUCGUGAUUUACUUUCUGAAAUAUUCUCCAAAGGGAUACUUUCUGAGGAUAAGGCAGGCAUUAGUCCAAUGCACAACGAUGGAGCUGGCAUGAGCGUAGUCAUGGAAAAUCAUGAGCCUAAGCACUGGUCAUAUUUCCAGAAAUUGGCUCAGGAAGAGUUUGUUCAAAAAGAUGUUUCUCUCAUUGACCAGGAUCAUCUUGGUAGUUCUUCUUUGUUUGCAAAAGUCAAAGACGGAGGACAGAAGCCAUAUCAUUUUGCACCUUUGACAACAGAUGGAGUUUCAAUGGGCCAUAAAUAUUCCCAACUAAAUUUUGGUGUAGACAGCAAUCAAAAAAAUUUACCCCGGAUAGUAGAAGCUGAGUCUGCUGUUCUUUCAGAUUUUGGUCAUUCACAAGGGAAGGACUGUGAAAGUAUUUUUGGUGCCAUGAUAGAGAACCUAAAGUCUUCAGAGUCACACCAUGAGGGUGGGAAGUUAGAUGACAGGAACUUUGGCAUGCCUCCUACUGAUCCUUCUCUGGUAGAUUUUGACAUCCAUGCCUUGCAGCAGGUCAUAAGAAAUGAUGAUCUUGAAGAGCUUAGAGAACUUGGUUCUGGUACUUUUGGAACUGUGUAUCACGGCAAAUGGAGGGGAUCAGAUGUUGCUAUUAAGAGGCUGAAGAAGAUUUGUUUCACUGGUCGAUCAUCAGAGCAAGAGAGACUGACCAUAGAGUUUUGGCGGGAGGCUGAAAUCCUUUCAAAGCUUCACCAUCCAAAUGUGGUAGCCUUUUAUGGUGUGGUGCAAGAUGGACCUGGAGGGACAUUAGCUACUGUGACAGAAUACAUGGUUGAUGGUUCUCUUAGGCAUGUUUUACUAAAGAAGGAUAGGUAUCUAGAUCGUCGCAAGAGGCUUCUAAUAGCUAUGGAUGCUGCAUUUGGAAUGGAGUAUCUUCACUCAAAGAACAUUGUGCACUUUGAUUUGAAGUGUGACAAUUUGCUUGUGAACCUCAAAGAUCCCCAACGGCCAAUCUGCAAGGUUGGUGAUUUUGGUUUGUCAAAAAUUAAACGAAAUACCUUGGUCACUGGAGGUGUACGGGGUACUCUUCCAUGGAUGGCACCAGAACUGCUAAAUGGUAGCAGUAACAAGGUCUCGGAGAAGGUUGAUGUUUUCUCCUUUGGAAUUGUCUUGUGGGAGAUUCUCACUGGUGAGGAGCCAUAUGCCAACAUGCACUAUGGUGCAAUCAUAGGUGGGAUUGUAAAUAACACGUUAAGACCAGCCAUUCCAAAUUUCUGCGAUGCUGAAUGGAAAAGGUUGAUGGAGCAGUGUUGGGCCCCUAAUCCUGCAGCCAGGCCUUCCUUCACAGAAAUCGCUGGUCGUUUGCGCAUAAUGUCAACAGCAGCUGGCCCAACCAAAGGACAUGGUCACAAGACGCCUAAAUAGUGGUCUGAAAGUUCCUCCUCCCUCUUUUCGUGAUAAUGACUUGUGCAUAAUGAGUGGAUUCAUUAAAAUACAGAAUCCAGAGAUGGACCUGUAUCAUAUUACUAUUAGUACAUAGCUAAGCUUCUUAUUCCAAAUUAGUUGGGGUUAGUCAUGUUAUGUGAAUCUUUCACCUCUAUUUAGCUCUCGUCGGGCUUAAUUCUCUGUUAUCUAUUGUGAUAUUUAAAAUCAUUCUUGUAUCAUAUCAACAGGAGGGAGAAAGUGGCUUCCAUUAAUGUUUUUAAAAUGGAAGUUCACUUGAUAAUAUAUAAUGUAUAUGUAUAAUGUUUUUCUUGAAGAACUCCAAGUUGCAUUGGAUAUGAGCAUUGUGUUUGAAACAGACAAGAGAAUUAAUUGAA